AUGCCCGGGCCCCUCCACAUGGGCCUCAGAGCAUUACUCCUCCCAUUCUAUGUGAUGGGAAGGCAUCAGAAGCAACCAAACGAUUGCUCCUGCUCGCCCAGGGAGCCGUUUGGAGCUCCAAAAAAUGUGGAAAAAUCGUCCACAUCUUCAGAAUCAUCUCGCGUCAGCCGCAUGACAUCCAGCUCGCAAUAUUGCAGCAAGCCAGUUCACUCCCAAGUCUAUUUGACUGGGAGUUACACAAAACCAUCAAACAAUCACUUCCACUGGCACGGGAAGCCAUUUUUGAUUCCAAAAAAUGUGGGAAAAUCUUCCACAUCUUCGGCAUCGUCUCACAUCCGCUGUGAGACAUCCAGCUUGCAAUAUAGCAGCAAGCUGGUUCACUCCCCAGUCUAUGCGACUUGGAGUUGUCAUAAACAACCAAACGACCACUCCUGCUUGCGCAGGGAACUGUUUGGAGUUCCAAAAAAUGUGGAAAAAUCGUCCACAUCUUCGGAAUCGUCUCGCGUCAGCCGUGAGACGUCCAGCUCGCGAUAUAGCAGCAAGCUGGCUCACUCCCCAGUCUAUGUGACUGGUAGUUGUGCAAAUCGAUCAAACAAGAACUCCUGCCAGCACAGGGAGCUGUUUGUGAUCGCAAAAAAUGUGGAAAAAACUUCCACAUUGUCUACAUCAUCUCACAUUAACUGUGAGACGUCCAGCUCAUAA